AUGACUCGCCCCUCCCUCUUUUUAAACAAGUGUAUUACGCGGAACAUUCGUGAUUAAACGUUAUUUUGGGGGAUACUGUAUUAUUUUUUGUAGUUAUUGAUAGCUGACAGCUGGGCUUGCAACGUGUUUCAUUCACCUCGCACCUCCUUACGUUUACGAAUUUCCUGCUAAGUCAAUAAUGCAUGGCACCUUUCAUUCAUAGUUGCUAACGCUAAUUUUGGACUGGCCAAACUGAUUGCCAUUCUCUGAGCAGAAUUUGGUCAAUAAACGUAUUUUACGUUUACACUCCUAUUCACUGGAGUACACCAAAAAUCGAAAUGUACUGUUUCUUUUCGUUUUUAUUUUCAGAGAACAUAGGUUGCUCGUGACAAAAGGUAACUAGUCAAUCGAAUAAGGACAGCUGCUUCAAAUAUUUUUGAUAUACGUUCGGUAGUAAAUUCCAACCACUAUGGAUUACGAACAUAAAGCGAAGUUGGUGGCUGAAUGUUUGCAGAGCUACAGGAAGGAUGAAUCCGGUUGGAAGGUCUGCAAAAAAUCGAACGACGUGGUUGUGUCAUGGCGACCUUCUUCCGAGUUCCCAGGGAAUGUCUAUAAAGGGGAUGGAGUUAUAAAUGACAGCCUGGAGAAGGUAUGGGAGUGUCUGAAGCCGGUCCCGAAAGGGCUCAGAGUCAAGUGGGACAAUAACGUGAAGAAGUUUGAACUUUUGGAACAAAUCACAGAGGACAUCUCUAUCUGCCGAACAGUCACGCCCUCAGCAGCUAUGGGUAUCAUAGCGCCUCGAGAUUUUGUCGAUGUUAUUUUAAUCAGGCACUAUGAAGAUGGCACAAUUUCAUCCAACGCCACUAAUGUGACUCAUCAGGGCUGCCCCAUUCAGUCUGGCUUUGUGAGAGGAUUCAACUAUCCGUGUGGUUGUAUCUGUGUCCCGAUAUCAGCAGAGCCCAACAAAACCCAGGUCCUCACUUUCUUCCAGACCGACCUUGGCGGCUUUCUGCCUCGCUCAGUGGUUGACUCCUUUUUCCCCUCCAGCAUGACAGAGUUCUACGGCAACCUGACCAAGGCUGUCAAAUCUCUCAAAGACCUUUGAAUUUCCAUCCAUUUUCUCUCUCUCUUGUCAUCGUUAGCGUGGCAGGUGAGCUGGAAACUUUUGCAGUUGACAUGCGAGGCGGGUUACCCCCUUGAAGGUUUGCCAGUCAAUUGCAGGGAUCAUACUAUACCGUAGCCAAAAUGGUGGAUAUUUUGAGACCCAGAUUCAGAAUCCCGCUUUUAUUUUAUGCUAUUUCCAUCUACAUGUGUGUCCGGCAACUCAGAACAGGGCAACUUUUAUUUGAAGCCACCCGCUUUUCAAGUGAGCAAAAGUAAUGGAACAGACAUUAUCAGAUUAACUGACAUUUGGUGGCGUAACUCAGUGGUCCUCAACCUUUACUCUGCCAUGGGUCAGAUCAUACAAAUCCAUACCCUUUGCGGGCUAGAAACCAU